AUGUUUGUGAAUAACCAGAUGAUCAUUCUAUUCUCCCCUCUCCUCACCCUCUCCACCACACACAGAUCACUUGGGAGAGAAACGAAAGCCACCGAUUCAGACAUCAGGAGGGAGGUGACCAGUACAAUCUCAAAGGCGUCGAAACUGGACAGUCUGGAGGCUGCAACCAAGAGCAAGAACUGCUCCAGUCCCCAGAGAGGUGGCUCCCCAGCCUGGGCCCCAAAACACCAGCCUAAGCCCCUGAGGGAGUCCAAGCUGGAGUCAUACAGGGACUCGCCCAGAAUAGCCCCGCAAACCCCAGACCUCCAGAAGACUUCCAGCUCCAUCACCCUGCAGGCCGCAAGCGUUCAGCCGGAACCAAGAACACCAGUCCUGGGGGCCCUAUCACCUUCUGGAGAAGAAAGGAAGAGGCCAGCUGCUCCCCAUCCAGCCACCUUCUCCACCAGGCAGCCUGGCCUGGGAAGCCAAGACGUUGCGAGCAAAGUUGCUACCAGGAGAAUCCCGCUGGAGGGCCAGAGGGAUGCAGCAUUCCCCAAAUUUGAGAGCAAGCCCCAAAGCCAGGAGGUCAGGGAAAAUCAAACUGUCAAGUUCAGGUGUGAAGUUUCAGGGAUCCCAAAGCCUGAAGUGGCCUGGUUCCUGGAAGGUGCCCCUGUGAGGAGACAGGGAGGCACCAUUGAGGUUUACGAAGAUGCUGGCUCCCAUUACCUCUGCCUGCUGAGAGUCCGGACCAGGGACAGUGGGACAUACAGCUGCACUGCUUCCAACACCCAAGGCCAGGUGUCCUGUAGCUGGACCCUCCAAGUGGAAAGGCUUGCUGUGAUGGAGGUGGCCCCCUCCUUCUCCAGUGUCCUGAAGGACUGCACCGUCACUGAGGGCGAGGAUUUUGUGCUGCAGUGCUCUGUACGGGGGACCCCAGGGCCCCGGAUCACUUGGCUGCUAAAUGGUGAGUGCCCCCUACCCCAGCCCUCUGCUCCCGUCCCCUGGGCCCUUUGGCCCUGCCUGAAUUCUCACUUAUCUCUCUGAGCCAUUUAUGCCUUGGACAUCCUGGUGGCAUGAGAGGGAGGCAUGGGACACAGAGAGAGCAUGGGCACUGGGAUCCUGCUCCCAGUUGGCUCAGCAAGUUACUACUCCUGCCUGAGCCUUGAGUUCUCCAUCUGCCUCGUGGGAAUCAUGCCACCCAUCUGCAGGGUGGUGGUUGUAAAAUUAAAUUAGAUCAUUUAUAUAAAGUGGUUAAUGAGAUGCCUGACACAUAGGUGCCUGAGCAGUUGGACUUCUUUUCAUAGAGUCAAACUCAUAAUGGCCCUCAAUUCACAUCUGUUGAGUCAAUAAAUGAACAAAUAAAUUAAUAAACUAAUGAACUGCUCCAGAAGUCGCUUGAGGGAUCUCAGCUUUUAUUUAGUGGCAGGUGG